AUGCACUUAAUAUGGGAAAAUCUCAUGAAGAAUCUCAUACUCCAUUGGACAGGUUCAUUUAAGGGUUUAAACAGUGGCUCCGAAUCAUAUGAAAUUCCCGAUACUGUUUGGAAGGCCAUCGGUGAAGCUACUGCCAAAUCAGGUUCUACUAUUCCGUCAGCUUAUGGUGUACAUGUUCCAAACAUCGCAGCUGAUGGGGUCUAUAUGUCUGCUGAGAUGUACUCAUUUUGGACCCUCUACCUUGGCCCUGUUCUACUCCAUCGUCGAUUCACAUCAGAGUGCUAUUACCAUCAUUUUAUUCAACUCGUCCGCCUCCUCACAAUAUGCCUUCAAUUUGAAAUAUCAUCGGUAGAAGUUGAGGAAGUCCGUGUAGGGUUCAUCAAAUGGGUCAAGGAGUAUGAACGUAUUUAUUAUCAGUAUUCUCCCGAACGGCUCCCAGUUUGUCCGUUAACUAUCCAUGCACUGUUACAUAUUGCACCCAGUAUCAAAGCGACUGGCCCAGUCUGGUGCUACUGGGCAUUCCCAAUGGAGCGGUACUGCGGGGCAAUCCAACCUGCGAUCCGUAGUCGUCGGUUUCCAUUUGCUUCCCUGGCUCGAUAUGUCCUCGAAGAUGCACGCCUAACCCAAAUCAAAGUAUUCUAUGACAAAAUUGAUGAAUUAUCUCUACAGUCUGUACAUAAAGGGCUCGUUCGUGGUGCUUAUCCUUCAUGUUGUCUUCUUCCACCAAAGCUUCCCGGACCACCAGCUGUGUCAUCUUUGACACCACUUAUCGGUGCAUUAAGUACUUGGUUUCAAAAACGUGUUGGAGUGGUUAGGAAGAGUCUGGAGAUGGCUCAUAUCGAGAACUGGGGGAAGAUUCAAUGUAUAGACUCUGAAGCAGGUGAUACAAUGCGAGCAUCAGAGGCAAGAAGAGCAGGAGAUGACCACCGUGAUGCAUCAUAUGUCCGGUAUGAGAUGCUUGUGGACAAACAUGCUCAAAGACGGAAUGUAAGGUCUGAAUUUGUCCCUCAGACAUUUUUUGGCCAACUUCAACGUAUCUAUUUAAUACGUUUCGACACUCCCUGUCCUGAUUUGGGCCUACAAGAACCAACUACCCUCAUAAUGGCACAGAUACGGGAAUGUAAGGUUGGCGACAAAAACAUUCCAGGGCUUGACUUCCAUUUUUACUCCACCAAUGGACAAAUUCAUGUCACCGAUAUCACCAGUGUGCAGUGUGUUGUUGGGCGGGUCCCUUGCGGUAAGAAUGAAUGGUGUAUUAUUGACAGAAGUGGUGUAUUGGGUCACGCAUUUUUCCUUGAAGAUGAAGAUUGAUUGAUUGAGACAUUAACUAGUACUACCGUCGACAUAAUAUUUAGACCGUUUCGGGCUCGGUGUGCUACAAACAAAGGCUCCCUGGAAAGACUCCCUUUCAUACCACUGAGAACUCUGAACAAUGUCAGAAGACCAUUUUCGUUUCAGAAUGUUGCUAUGUGUAGAAUCUUUGAGAGGCGUCGACAGUGAAGGACUUGACGCUUCUAAUAGUGGUGAAAUGAAUAGAGUCCGAUGGCUGAAGGCAAAGCACUCACCUAUUUGAAUCUCCUUUCCCAUUUCCUUAGACCUUGGGGAGAGAGAUGACUCUACAACUCUAUUCUCGUCACAGCCAAUGUCAAUUACAUUCAUGUCCGCUUUCUUCUCAUGGACUGUAUUUUCACUAUAAUCCUCGGGCACAAUUUCGCCAGUUGGAAGACGUUUACGAUGCUGAAACAAGAGCUGGUGCAC